AUGACACAUCCAGAAUAUUAUAUCCAGCGCGUGGUUCGCCCUGACAGUUGGAGUCCGGCAGGCUUCAUAACCUGCGUAGUCUUGAUUCUGGUCGACAUUUGGUAUGUGAGCCAGCAAAAUGCGAGUCGAGGCACUUUCGCCCGGAUCACCUCGAAUCCUCAAACCUCCCGAAGGGUCUUCGCAGCCGUCUACCUCGCUGCUGCCUUGUUCUCUGCUACUGUAGUCAUGUACUAUCAGGAUCAGUACUUCACCGAUAUCCAGAAACCUGGUUUGCGUGAUUCACGUGAUAUGCCUCAAGCGAGAUAUCCUUGGUUCUAUGAGGAACAUUUGGAUCGUAUGCCGCAAAUGUUCCAGAUGAUGCAUCUUCGAUCCUGGGCCGGCGAAGCUGAGAAUCCUAAGCCAGAAUGGGGCUAUUUUCUGUGGUGGUCGCAGCAAUACUUUAGUGGAUUGAUCAGCUUUGUUUUCUUCCUAUUGACUCGGUCNNUCACGUUCGUCGGUUGA